CCCUUUAUCUCUACACUCACGAGCCUCACCAUCUAUACAAAUACAUACACCUACAAACCCAACUCACGACUGAAGCUCAUGGAAGCCGUGAUGGGUUCGUCUUCGUCUUCCCCAUAUUUGAAACUGGUUUCUUACAGCGAGAAAACCGUUGGAUUUCUGUCUCUCAGGGAUGAUUUGUUGGGAGGCAAAUCACUGUUGAGAAUCCCCAUUCACCAUUCUCGUAAUCAUCUCAAGAACAAAGAAGUCGAUUUCAAGCUCUCAAUCUCGGCUUCAUCAACACACAGAGGUGUUCGUCCUGCUUCUCUCUCAUCCUCUCGCACCCAGGCAGAGGUCGAGAACCAGGAACUGCUGAUAGAACCUUCACCAAACGGAUACACAAAAGCACCAACAGUUUGUGUAAGAUUCCAGUUACAGAAAGAAUGCUCGUUUGGCCAGAAUUUUCUAAUAGUUGGCGAAGAUCCAAUGUUCGGUUUAUGGGAUCCAAAUAAUGCCAUUCCAUUGACAUGGUCAGAUGGACAUUUAUGGACUGUGGAUCUUGAAAUACCGAUCGGAAAGUGCAUCAAGUUCAAGUUCAUAAUGCAAGAAAGCAACGGCAAUUUCAUGUGGCAGCCAGGACCUGACCGGAUGCUUGAAUGCUGGGAAACCGUGAACAUUAUUACUCUUUGCGAAGACUGGGAAGAUCCCGAUUCGAGGAGAAUAUUUGAGGCCGGCCCCAUGUUAAAUGAAGUCUUAGAAUCAGCUGCAACCGCAGAUAUUCAGACGGUUGCAGCUAAUGAAAGGAUGCCAGUAGACUUGAUCAAUUCUACUGGCAUCCCAAAACCCAAAGAAUCCAAAGGAUUCGCGAUAAAUAUGAAUGAAGUGUUGGAAUCGGACCAAGGAGUGCCUGUUUUAGUCCCUGGUUUGAGUGACUUACCGAUAAUGGAAACAAAUCGAGAAGGUUCGGUCCAUGAAGCUCCAAAAGAUGAAGUGAAUGGAGCUGUUAUGGCAUCUACAAAGGACCUCAAAUUGCCUGAGUUAGAUUCGAAAGAGGAUGAAAAUGCCUCUAAUUCGAAUCCAAGAGCAGAGAUAUCAUCCAUACAUGAAAAUCAAGAUUCUUGCAAGAACCAAUGUCAAGAAAAACAACAAGUAGGCGAACAACAAGAUAGUCAAGCGACACAAUCAAUGAAAGGUUUGCUUCAAAACGAUCGUCGGUGGGGCAAUAAUUUUGUGCAAAAACUCCUUAGUGUUUUUGGCAUUGGAUAGGCAACUGCUGUUUUUCAUGAAUUCGAUAUAUUUGUUGUGUGUAAAUAUUGGAAUUUGAUGAUGAUUGAAACCAUUUGUGCUGUAAGUUAUACAGGGAGGUUUGAGUUCGGUAACUCUAUUCUGUCACGCUAUUUGACAGGUAAUUUGGGUUAGGCCCAAAGACCGAAAUAACCCAUAAUUUGAUUAAGGAAAAAAAAAUUCUAGAUAGCUGAUUAAUACACCGGGUU